AUGGAGGAACACAAAGAUGAUCAAUAUUGUUUUCAAGACAGAAACUCUUCUUGCAGAAAGGCUUUGCUAUCGAUAUCUAUCUACAUAACACUGUACAUCUUUUUCUCAUUGAUUUCAGCAGUAACAGUAUUUUUGAACAUACUGGUGAUCAUCUCCAUCUCUUACUUCAAGCAGCUCCAGACUCAAACCAACCUGCUCAUCCUCUCUCUGGCUGUGUCAGAUCUCCUGGUGGGACUGAUUGUGAUACCAGUAAUGAUUGUAGGAAUAAUUGAACCAUGCUGGGGUUUUGGGGAAUAUUUCUGUGUGUUUCUUCUCUACAUUAGUUGUUUAUGUACUUCUUUAUCUCUGGGCAGUUUGGUCUUGAUAUCUAUUGACCGCUAUGUUGCUGUGUGUGAUCCCUUAUUGUACCACUCUAAAAUAACAAUAGCAAGAAUCAUGUGUUGUAUAUCCAUCACCUGGUGUUGUUGUAUUAUAUACAAUGCUGCUAUUAUAAAAGACAUUGUAAAUGUAAAGGUACCAAGUAGGUGCUUGAAUGAAUGUUUUACUGGUGAAGGAUAUAUGUGGGGCAAUAUAAUUGACUUCGUAAUUACAAUGGUUGUCCCGUGCUCUAUUAUUAUAACACUUUAUUUGAAAAUCUUUGUGGUGGCCAGAUCACAGGCCAGAAAGGUAUUUUCAAAAGAGGCUGCCAGUGUGUCUGGUGUUAAAACUGUACAGGCAAAUAAGUCUGAGAGAAAAGCAGCAAAAACUCUAUCUAUUGUUGUUUUCACCUAUCUAAGUUGUUGGAUUCCAUUUCUAUUUUCUUUUUUGUUUCUUUCGUUCUUAAGUGACAAUUUAUUAUCAUUCAUCAUCAGCUUUCUGCCACUUUCUAAUUCCUUAAUUAAUCCAAUAAUUUAUGCUUUAUUUUAUCCAUGGUUCAAAGUGACGGCUAAACAUAUUUUAUCUCUGAAGUUAAGGCGUUCAUAGUACCUAUAUUUUUAUUUCCCAGUUUGAAAAACAUAGUUAUGUUACACAAUUGUUCUUUCAUGUAACAACACACUGACAAUACAGAGAUGAAUGUGGUGUUGAUACAGAAUGAUUUGUCUAGAUUGGACAGGAAUGACUUGGAAAAUGUAUAAGAAGCCAUCAGCUUGUUUUAUAAAAUACAUUGUAGUCAUUUUGGGUUGUACAUUCCAAAAACCAAUGUCUGCUGUUGUUCCAUGU